UGCUGCAGCCUGUAGUUCAGUGUUCAGUCAGACUGUCAUUCAAGUUACUGAUAGUAAUUGUGGGUUGGUAGAAGAUUUUCCUUUUUAUAUAUUUUAUCAACGUGCACUUAACCUAAGUGAAGGUUUGACACUGGUCUUGGAGCCUCAUAUUGAUGUCGAUGUGAUAGUCAUGGAAGUGGAGUUACCAACCGAUUACGACGUGAUUGUCGUGGGAACAGGCCUAGUUGAAUGUAUUGUGGCAGCAGCCUCAGCACGCAUAGGCAAGAAAGUUCUACAUAUUGAUAGAAAUGAUUAUUAUGGAGGUCAGUGGGCAUCCUUUACCCUUCAAGGGAUGGAGCAAUGGGUUGCUGACAUUACAACCACAAAAGAAGAGACAGAAAGUAUAGGAACUGAAAAAUGCAUAUUUGGAGAUGGAGAGAGAGUGCUGCCAACAUGUGAUCCAGGAAGAACGUAUUCAAAUGUCAAGCAGAAGUGGUAUAUAGAAAAGGUCAUCAAGCCAGAAGUAGCAACUAAGGAAACAUUGCCUGAAGUCCCCUGUGGUGAAGGAGAGGAAGAAGCGGUAAAGCCAGAACAUGAAAAGUCAGAGGAAAUAAAAGUAGAAGAUUUAAAUGAAGAGAAGGUUGAAGAAUCCCAGGUAAACAGUGAAGCAGCAGAUCAAGAGGGAAUGGUAGCCGAAACUACUACAGAAGAAUUAUGUAGUGAGAAGCAAGGUACUCUUACCCCUCCAGUUGAGGUGAAGGAAAAGCAGCCUUGGUCUCAGGAAAGCAUGAUGAAGGUUUCUCGCAAAUUUAACUUGGAUCUAGCACCAAAACUUCUUUUCUCCCGAGGAUCAUUAGUUGAACUUCUCAUCUCAUCAAAUGUUGCCAGGUAUGCCGAAUUCAAGUGCAUCACACGUGUACUAACUUGGAUAUCUUGUGAAGAUAAGGGAGAACUUGUGGUGGUACCAUGUUCCCGAAGUGAUGUGUUCACAACUGAAAGUCUUUCCCUCAUUGAAAAAAGACUCUUGAUGAAACUUCUCGAGUUUUGUCAUAGUUAUGACAAAAAUCCAGAGCAAGUAGUAGAAUUUGCAGACAAAACAUUUACUGAAUUUUUGAAGUCUCGAAGGCAGACGUCAAACUUAAUACACUUUGUUACUGAAUCUAUUGCUAUGGUCGAUGGUAAUGUGCCUUGCUCUGAAGGUCUAGAGAAAACUAAAUUAUUCUUGACGAGUCUUGGACGAUAUGGUACUACUCCUUUCCUGUUUUCAAUGUAUGGUUGUGGAGAACUCCCUCAGGCAUUUUGUAGAUUGUGUGCAGUGUUUGAAGGGACUUACGUAUUACGUCGUCCAGUAUCCUCCAUCAUCCUGAGUGAGAACAAUUCCUGUGUUGGCUUGUUUUCAGAAGGGGAACGCUUCAAGUGUUCUCAUCUUGUAAUGGAUGCUUUCUAUGCUCCCAAUCAGUAUAUUUCAUCUAGUCCAGAUUCAAGACAAAAAAGCAUAUCAAGAGGAAUAUUUAUUGUAGACAGGUCUAUACUAUCCAAUGAAAAGGAGCAGCUCACCCUAUUGCGUUUUCCAGCCAAAGAAAACAAUGGAAAACCUGUAACAGUAAUUGAAGUGGGAUUUGGAGCUGGUGUUUGCCCAAAAGAUUUAUUCUGUGUACAUAUGACUUGUGAGGGAUGUGAUGCUGAAGAUGAUCUGAAAGUUGUAGCACAAAGUCUUUUUGCCAAAGAUGAGGAAAGUUCAAGCAAACCAAAGCUGCUUUGGUCUUUAUAUUUUAACCAGAUGGACAUAUCAAAUGUUGACCUAAAGCAAGACACUCCAGAAAACAUUUAUUUCUGUUCAGGCCCAGAUGCACUCCUGGAUUAUGACUCAGCUAUAUCCCAGGCCCGCACAUUGUUCACUCGAAUGUUCCCAGAAGAGGAGUUUUUACCAAGAGCCCCAGAUCCUGAUGAAAUUGUAUUUGAUAAUGCUGGAGCAGAGCCAAAGCAAGGAGAUAAUUUCAGUUCAGAGGAAAGUACAUCAGAUAAGAAAAUAGAAGCAGAAGUGGAGAACAAGACUGAUGAGGAGAUUUUAGAAGCUGUUCCAGUGGAUUCCUCAAAGAAAGAAGAGGGAGCCAAUCCUGAAAAUUCUGGCAUUCAAGAUGCUGGUAGUGAUUCAUUAUAGCCUUGUGUAAAAUGGCCUAGUGAUUCUUUAUUAAUAUUUAGGGUGUAUAAAACUUCAUUCCAGAGUUGUAAAGUCUCACCUGUAAGGACAUUUUGUGAUAUGAAAGUGGAAUUUCACCCUCCAAUUUUAGUGUUAUGAAAUUAUCCUAAACCCUGUGCACAUCUAGGAAAUUUGAUUUACUUUCCCACUCAUUUCAUUAUUUGAAACAUUUAAUUUUUUACUCUCUCUAGUAGGUAUGACUGCUAUUGCUAUUUUCUACUUCAUAGCUGAAGUCAUUAUUUCCAUAUAACUGUUAAUAUUUGCCAGCACUUGUGAAAAUCAAGGGUUAAUCCUAGAUUUCAGUGCCAAUUAAUUCCAUUCAUGUAAAGGUUAAUGUAUGAUUAACUUAAUGCCUAUUAACUUAAUUACUACAUGGAAAUAUUACGUAGCACUAAAUGUUCAGAUUUUUACAUGUUGAUGAGAGUUGAUCAUAAAGCAUGGCAACAUUUUUCCUAAAAUUAUCCUAUCUGAUAUGUUUUCAAUUAUUAUUAAGGGGAUUGGAGCUUUUAGUGCUUGUGGCAGUUUUACCAGGAGUAUCCAAAUAUUUAUACAAAUUUUUAGAUAAUAUGUGACUUUUGUAAGGAAAACCUUUCAGGUGGCAAUAUUUUCCAGAUAUAUAAUUUUUUUUAUAUAGACCUGUAGAAAACUUCCUUGUUAUGCAUCUCUUAUCAUUUAACAAGCUCUUAACCAUUGGUGAUUCUUAGAAUAUCAUGCAAAUUUCAUUCCUUGAGAAUCUGAUAAUGUCAUUAAUAGAAAACCUUUUAAAAAGUAAUUGGGAAAGUGUCUGGAGGUUGUUGGGAGAUGGCAUAACUCAGUAUCCUACAGUAUUAGGGUUUCAAAGAGAAUUAAGACUAAAUCAGUUCUGGGUAAAUAUAAAAAUAAGAUUCAACAGUUUUAUCAAACUUGCAUGUGCAAUAUCAGGUAUAAAUAGAAGUAUAUUUGGACAAAAAGAAUUUUUACAUAAAGUAUUACAUUUUUAAAGUACAUAUUUUGAAUUUUAAAUAUUUCUGUUCUUGGGUAACGUCAGCCUAUCAUUUUCUGGUAUUAUUAUUUUUAUUGUUAUUAUAUAUACAAACAUACUGCAGUAAAGAGGAUUUAUUUAGUGAGACCAAAAUUGCCAUUAUAACUUGAAAAAUCAAUCUGUUUCAGUGCAAACCCAUUAAAUUAUCUUAAUUAAAUCUGCGAUAGCAUUUGUCUCCAGAAACAUUCCAGAAAAGUGUGUCCCAUAGCACUUACUGAUCUGAAUAUGCAUUUGAGUCCAUGGGCAGUACUGGUGGUGGAAACUAGUCAUUCUCUGCAUGUGUGGGGUAUGAACUGAAAAGGAGUAGUGACUGAUCUUAUAGCAUCUUUGAUGGCAAUGGGGAAAAGAGGUGGAGAAAGCAGAAAGCCAGGGUUCUGGGUCUGACUUUUGUUUGAUUUUUUGCCUUUUCAUUUCUUUAGAAAUUUGUCUGGUGCAGUUUUUUAUGCCAUUUUCAUCAGUGCAUGUACGUAAUUUUUUAAGUUUUUCUUUACAUUAGCAUUAAUUAAAAUGGGUAAGUUUAUUAGAAAGGGAGUAAAAAUUUUGAACAGUUGAGCAACUUAUUGUAAGAGCUACAGUAUGGUUGCUUAUAGGGGCUUAUGGUGUCAGGGUUUGUGUGAAGGGUUUAUAUAAGUCAUGAAUCUUGGAAUGAAUGAACAUCUUAAGGCGAGAUAUUUCUGUAUGCUCAUAACUCUGAUAAAAACAGAGUAAAGUCUCCAGGACUUGAUUGUGAAACUCUCACAGGAAAUGUUUUUGAAACCGGAACUUCAUACCCAUUAAACUGGCCUCACACUAGGCUUUUUUUCUCCAGCAGCGAGCCGUUGCUGCUGAAAAUGGAAAACCGGGAGCUUUUAGCUUGAGAUUUUGGCUUCCCGACUGGGAAGCAGUGAGCACGAACCACAAGCGACCACAUCGUGUAAACAAACAAGAUUGCUGCUGCUGACAGGAUGUACUCUCAGACCUUUGGCUUCUCUUCCCCUGAGCCACUCUCGAACCCACAAACGUUUUUUGUUACUUUUGCAUUCACGUAAGAUUCCGAGAAAACACAUCACUGCAGCACAUCUUGCAACAGUCUGACAAUUUCUGGGUGCCAUGAUGAUAUCAGCUGAUCAGUUUUGUUUACUUUUUCCUACUGCUCCUCAAAACUACGAGAUCCUAGUGUGACGAUACAACACUUUUGCUCGCGAGCAUCGGCUGGAUACUGGCCAAAACAGCGAGCAAGAAAUGACUAGUGUGAUACCAGCUUUAGGGGUUGUCAUCCUCUGAUGAGCUACUAAUGAUCUCUAAAGAGCAUAAAUGUUCAUGUUGCUCCUGCUGUGCAGUUAGUGCUGUUGCACCACACAUUAUCACAUCAUCUCUUUUUGAGAGCCCAUACAAGUAUAAAGUGUCAUAAACCAAAGGCAGUGCUGCUUGCCUGUGACAGCACUUCUUCAGAUAUUUAGUUCUUCAUACUGAACUGCCCUUUGUUGCUAGAACUUUUUGUCUCUCUGUGUCAGAAAGUUUGGUUAUGCCUUGUCAAUCAUAUAGUAAUCUUGCAUAGAAAUAUAUUGUGUGACUUCCUCAUACGUUGUCAUGCCACACAGGGAUGGCUGCCAAACACUCGUCUCAUCAUUCAAAUGCUUCUAGCUGUAUUGCACAUAAACCUCAAAGAACAUUGCAUUUUUCAUGGAUUUUGAGACUGAGCUGAACUCUGCUUCUACCAAUGAUUUUAAGACAGCAGAAUGUGUUGGCACCCCAUGUCAUUCCCCUUCUCAACAUAAAGAAUCACAGAUUCAUAAACCUGCUUAUUACAGUAGGAAGAUUCUUGGUACAACUGGAAGUGGAUUACUGUAUAAGUUUCCUAGCUAUAGAGCUGCAUGCCAUGGCUUAUCCUGUGUCUGUUGUGCUGUCCUUAGUCUCACAAGUAUCAUGACUUGAAUUCCAAAUUCAUUUUAGUUUGAAAGGAUAACAUUUUGGCAUGUAUAUUCUGGAAAGAAACAUACUUUCAGGUUCUGAUUCAGACUAGUCUUUGUUAUCAGCUUGGCCAAGUCAGACUUAUUAACAUUCAAAAUAGAUAUUUUUUGGGUAUGGAAUUGGGCACUUCAUCAGCCAACUAAGUUUAACCUACAGCAGACUAUCCAAAAAUUGUUUCAUGUACUUACCAAUUCCUCAACUUCCAGCUCGCACUACACAGUUAUGGAUGAUAGUGACUGGCCAUUACUUCUUACUGGAAAAAUGGUACUUCAUAGUUAUUUUCAACCAAGAUCAUUACAACUUCAUUGAACUCGCUGUGACAUGCAGCUAAGGAUCCAAAGAAUCAUUCGGUCAAGAUUUCUCAGGAGUUCCAGUUAGACCUUAGAUAGUGGCAAGGUACUGCCAGUAUUUGGGUUUGGAUCCAUCUAGUUCCACUUGCUCCAGAGUUAUUAUUUUCAGAUCCAUCAGAAGAAUUGGAAAUGCACAUGACAAAUUUGCUGCAUUAGGUCUCUGAACUGCAAGAAGUCAGAAAACCUUACUUCUGGUUGAAGUUGUAAGUAGUCUUAUUGGGUCUUCAUUAUCUCUUUCCCAGCAGGUGGCAGACAUAGUUGUCAGCUUUAUGCCCAACAACUCUACCAUAGUAGCCCAGCUCCACAACAGAGGCUGUAAGAUUGCUCAUCAUGUGCCUGUUAAUUGACUGUGAGGCUUUUGCCAUUUAGUCAUAAUGUGGCAGCAGACUCACUCCAUUACAGGAAGUAAAAUGUUAUUGUGAGAGUGGUCGCCACAUCAGAGUUGUGUAGGAUAUUGUGAAAAUUUCAGGCACACAAAAAGUCAACUUUUUCAAUACCAGUGAGGACAACCAACUUCUGAAUCUUAGCAUUUCCAAUCAGCUUUACAAUUAUUACCGUAGUUAGCACUUUCAACCAACCAACUUUCAAAUUAUUACUUAGCACUCCUAGAUUAAUUAAUGUAAGGGACAGUUGCUUUUAUGGACACCUGGGAUAACCUUAAGAGUUAUGCUUUUGCUCCGUUCUCCCUCAUAAAACAAUUGCUUAUUGUUCGUCGUACACUAUAAUGGACCAGGUUUUCCCUUAUCUAGGCAUCAUAGGAGACCACUGUGAAGAAUUUAUCACCAUGGUAGAAGCAUCUGUGUCAGCUACAUCAAUAUUUUUAUCAUCAGAAUCUGUUACCUUUCCAGUUGAACACAUGGAGCCUAUCAAGCAAGGCAAUGCUUAUUCUGUAAUAGAUGCUACUUGAAAGGGACGAUCCUCUCAAAGUCACUAUUCUAUUUAUACCUAAUUUUUUCAUACCGCUGGAGGGUAUAAAAUGCUGUUAUAACUUUAUCUGCUCUGUCUCAGGUCUUAAAGGACAGGUGUUAACUGGCAUUUCUCAGAUGAAUCUUGUUACAUGUGAAAGCCUCUUGAAAUGGAAACUCCAAGUUCCUUAAAACCACCAACAUGUGACCAGUCCAAGUAUCUCUGUGAAGUUAUAUCUUGAAACAAUCCUUUUCCUCCUAGUCAUAGUGUAGUCUUGGAGGGUCAGUGAGCUUCAUUGUCAAGUCUGGUGUCACACCCAAGAGCUGGCAUAACUUUGGUCUUUCUUACAUGCUAGGUUUUGUAUUUAGUGCCCUGACAACUUUAUCGCUUGUGCUGUCAUCUCCAGUUUUGUUAUAUCUGUUGCCAGUACAUCUUACAAACAAGAAAGAUCUUACUCUAUGCAUUGUCAAUGUCAUAAGGAACGUGAUGCCUCAAAAGUAUCUAGUUGUAGGGAGGUUGCUUUGCAAUUUUUAUAACUCCUUGGUCAGUCUUGAACUAUUCCAGAGUACCUUCUUUUAUUUGGUGCAGAAAGUCCUAAAAGGCAAUUCAUCCAUCUCUUGAGCUGUCAAUAUCGAAGGUAAGUGGAAGGAUUAUGCAGCUAAAGCCAUACCAACUUAGGUUGUGUUUGGUUUGCAGUCUGAACUUGAUGUGAAUGAUGUACUGAACUUACUUAGAUUCAUAUUGUAUUGGGGCUUUAGUGGCAGCAGGCCAAUAUUGUUAAGCUUACUGGCCAUGUUGCCAACAGAGCUCAAUUGACCUAGUGCCUCUGAAGUUCAUUGAACUCUUAAUGAUUUCUGGCCAUAAGUUCAUCUUUCCUAAGUCACUAUUCAGGUUAAUGUUAAUAGGUAAUGGAUUUGUAGUGGAAAAACUCUUAUUUUUAAAACUAGAGUAUAUCGUUCACUUACAAAAUCUAAAAUGGACACUCUUCCCAAUCCCUCCAAACUGCAGCUGCUUCUGACUAUUAAAGAUUUUGACUGCUUUCCACCAUCAGACACACUCAGGGACCCAGAUGCAUACUCAGGCAGUUAAAAAGGGGGAUUUGUUUUUCUUGAACAUCCCUGGGUAUGAAUGCUACCACAGAUUAACUUAGUAUAAAGCAAUGAGUUUAUAUGUGGAUAAAAAAUUGUUGACAGUGAGCUUAAAAAAAUUAUUGUUGAGUUAAUAAGUGUCAAGCGAGAACAGAGUAUGCUUGACCAAAAUUUUGGAACUUCCCCAGGAAUCUCAGUGUAUUAGAAAUGUGAAUUUUUCAGCAUGAUUGAAAUGUUAGAAUCUUAAAUAUUUGGAAAUAGUCCUUAGGCCACAGAAUUUAAACCUAUCUAAUUAGUGCUAUAGCUAUACAUAUAGGGUUGUCAUUUGGUAAUCAAGCUUUAAUGUUUGUUGCCUUUGAUAAGGCAGACUAAUUUUCAUGUUUGUUCAGUGGUUAAAGAAAAUGCUUUCACUUAGUGCUCAUAGUAUGCACAUUCAUGUAACGAAUCGAUAGAGUAUCAUAUUCAAACAAAUCUGUAUUACUAAUGAAGAAUAUCUAUAUCAUCUUUGCUUACUUUUUUCAUUGAAACCAGAGUAAUGUUUCAGCAAUUGAAAGGUGUGAUUGCCAUUUGCUUCAAGCUGCUAAUGAUUCUUAGUCACUCCAGAUAUUACUUGAUUUCAAUAAACAAUUUUAUGAAAUGGAACCACUGGCGUCUUUCAUGGAUUUUCCCUGAAGCUGCGAUGGUAUUUUAACUGCAUUUUGUUUUCUGUGGGAAUUGUUUACCUAAAGUUGUUUUCUGUCAGAUUUCAUCCUGAAGUAAUAAUUGGAUAUUUUUCAGAUUCAUCACCCAUCGCCCAUUUUUCUUUUCAGAAUAUUUGUUGCUCUCAUUUUUAUUUAAUUGUAAAUAAUUUUUUUAAAUUGUACAUUCUGUAUGAAGAUUUCUAUAUAUCAUUUAUGUUUGUACUUUUUUCAUUUCACUUGAAUACAUACUAAAACCCUC